AUGUUAUUAUUCGUUGAAAGUACAGCUGCGCAAGCAACCUUAUUAUUUUAUCUGCUCAUAUCAGCAUCGAUUGCUGUUGCUACUGCAAAAAGCACUCCAAAGCACGCCAAAAAACAAUGUGUAAUGCGUGGUGUUUGCGGCAGUCGUGGCUCAAUGCAUCAGAAUUGCCCAUAUAACGGAUCUGCCAAAUCGUUUGAUGAUGCUAAAGACCGUAAUCUGGUGCGACAGUUGUGCCCACAUUUCGCUGAAGAUAACAUCGACGAGUUCUGCUGUGAUGCAUUCCAGCUGGAGCAACUAUCCUCACAGAUGACCUUGCCAAGACAGUUGCUGUCACGCUGUCCGAGCUGUUUCGCUAAUUUCGUGCAACUUUGGUGUGACUUCACUUGCUCACCAAAACAAAGUGAUUUCUUGCGGAUCAAAAGUCUAUCUGAUGACCAAUUUCUUCUUGAAAAUAAAACACACUACAUCACUGAAAUUGAAUAUUACUUGCGUGAAGAAUAUGCGAAUGGUCUUCUAGAAUCAUGUAAAAGGGUUCGAGCGGUCGGUGCAGACUAUGCGUUGAGUUUGGUGUGUGGUGCGAGUGUGACUGAAUGCACUGUGACACAGUGGUUCAAUUUCAUGGGCACCUAUAACGAGAAUAUCGGCGUUCCGUUCACGAUCGAUUUCGUUUUGGAUCGAAACAAAUCAUCCGAUGGUGAACUGAUGCAUCCACCGAGCACACGAGCAGUUCCUUGCUCAGAGGCGCCGUAUCCUGGCUCAUCAGAAUGUUCUUGUCAAGAUUGCGCUGCUACUUGUAAACCAGAAGCACCGUUCCCGAUUGUCACCCAGGUUUAUUCCUUCGCUUUAUUUAGGCGGUUAUGA